CCUCCUCCAGGAACCGUGCUUGCUUCUCUUCUUCUUACAUUGCGCGAUGGGGGGCACCACCAGGAGCAGCAUGGGUCUAGAUGUCAACAACACGGACCAGUUAGUGAAAAUCAACAACACAGAAACAAUAACAGUGACCCCAGGAGGACUGACCGCCUCAGAGAGCAUCUUUGGGAGUACUCGACUCUAUGAGAAUUCAGCUGUCACCCACACUCCCUUGAAAUCCAAAACAUCUCUAAUUUUUGAGACCUUGGCACUAGCCAGAACUGCCUACAAAGCUGAGACUGAGAUAGCUGAGUUCUUUUCCCCAGUGGAGUCACUGAUGAUAAUGGAUGCCCUGGAUAAAAUGGAGACCACAACGCUACUGGAGAGCACUGACCCCACCAUUGCCUCUGUUACAAUUGCCUCAGAAUCAGGGACAGCCAUAGACAAGACCCACAACCAAGCUAAGACUUUUUCAAUAGCCUAUUCUACUACAGAAGCUGAGGUAGACACAACAGAAUCUCUUGCCUCAGCUGAAGCUUGGCCUAGGAUGAGCAUCUUCCACAAAGUAGUCUGGAAAUCAUUAAUAGAGCCACCCCUGCAUCCUCUUCCACCCCACCAAAAUCAUGGAAAACAUAGACAUCAUCCCAAAGGACACUAUGACUACUUACCGCCUGUGACAGACCACCCCUGGACUUCUCCUUUGAGCAGUAGCAUCCCAGAAAACUAUGAAACCAGCAUCAAGACCCCCACUUUCACUGAGGCCAUGACCACAACUGAUACUUUCACAGAAUCAGAGAUCUCAAACCCUUUUGGGACCAUUGUCCUUGAGGAGACCUCUGGAAUAAUGAUACCACCAGGAAAAGAGACUGUCGUCAGCAACACCAUAGAAAGAGAAGGGACCCCAAUCGAGACCACAACCCUCCCUGGGACCUUGACUACAGUCAGUCCUAUCACAGAAGCCACCACGCUGACAAGCAACCUCAUCGAUUCCUUCCCUACAGCUGACAGCACCCAAGGAAUAAAGACCACCACUGCUGUAACUUUGUCCAUGGCCUAUACCAACACGGAAGCGGAGACUACAACCCCUGAAAUAGAUACCUCUGCUGAGCCUUUAGGUGUAGCUGGCAAUAACUUACAACCAAAGACCACAGGUGAAGAAACAACCUUAACUGGUGACAUCACAGAAACAAGUGGCACUAGAGCUAAGACCACCAUUCUCCCUGGGACCUCAAUGACAGUGGACAGCUCUACAGAAGAAGGGACCUCAGACUUCUUAAAGACUAAUUUAUUUUCUGAGACAUCGGCUUCAUCUUCCUCAGCUGAAGAAGAGUUGAGCACAGUUGUUGAGAUCUUGACAACAACCGACAAGAUCACCAUGGCAGUGUCAACCACAGCUGAAACUCCUAAUGCAGCUGAGACCCUUGAUAUCACAGGUCACACUGUAGAAACUACGGGCAAAAUGGCAACAGACACCCUGAAUACAAUCUACAUUCCUACCACAGAAGAAGCCACGGCUCCAAUUGAGACAACUGUCUUCACUGAGGUCCCAAGUACAGUUAGGAUCUCCAUAGAGGAAAGGUCAACAACAACCAAAUUCGCUACCCCUGAUGAGUUUUCAGACAAAGUCUAUACCACCACAGAAGGGACAACAGCCCCAGGAAUGAAUUUCUCCGGAGACGAGACCUUAACCUCAGGCAAGACCCCAGCAAUAGUCUCAACAAUAGGAAAGCAUACAGCCACUGCCCUGAUGAACCAAAACACCGACGCUGAUUCCAGUCAAGAUGGAGGCUUUCUCCUCCUUCGGCUGGUUGUAUCCUCCUCCCUGGACCUCACUGAUUAUAAGGUGGCAAAGGAGUUCCUGCAUAAGCUUCGUCAGGAUCUGCAGGUACAAGUCCCCUACACCCAAAUCUCCUUGAUGAAGGUCACCAAGGGCUGAAGAGUUGUUUGUAGCAUCCUGGAGAGUGACUUCAGUAAAGAGAAGAUAAUGCUGCUAAUAAUCUGUGUCUCCACAAGGAGGAUUGCAGGCUGCAUUCCUGGGCAAAGGUGUUGGUGGAAGGUCCUAAUAGAAGCCAUCCUCUUUAACCCCCUACCUCCACAGAGAACAGCACAGCAUCCACCCCAUACAGCUGGGGGACUUACCCUGGGGGUUCUGGACAGAAGAUCAAAGAUACUUCCUUGGGCACAUAAAUGAGCAUUUUAAUAAAGGGCUAUUCCGC